ACCAAACCGGCCACUCAUCUUCAUUCAUCUCUCUAUAAAUCGUUGAAAAUCGAGCUCAAUCUACAUCGACGGACCUCCUUCGACGGAGACCAGACACUCCGGCGGAUUCUUCAACGCCACAAGUGAGGUCAUACUGCAAAUCCUCUCUCGAGUUCCAGUUUUUGACCCCUCAGAAAGAGAGAGAAGAGGAUGUCUUACCUGCUACCGCACUUGCACUCAGGAUGGGCUGUUGACCAGGCCAUCCUUGCCGAGGAAGAGCGUCUUGUGGUCAUCCGUUUCGGCCACGACUGGGAUGAAACCUGCAUGCAGAUGGAUGAGGUACUCUCGUCAGUUGCUGAAACAAUAAAGAACUUUGCUGUCAUAUACCUGGUUGAUAUCACGGAGGUGCCUGAUUUUAACACAAUGUAUGAGCUGUACGACCCAUCCACGGUCAUGUUCUUCUUCAGGAACAAGCACAUCAUGAUUGACCUUGGGACUGGAAACAACAAUAAGAUAAACUGGGCUAUGAAGGACAAGCAAGAGUUUAUUGACAUUAUUGAGACUGUGUAUCGAGGUGCUAGGAAAGGCCGUGGUCUGGUGAUCGCUCCAAAAGACUAUUCUACCAAGUACCGCUACUGAGUGCUCGAGUAUGCUGUUGUUUGGAACUUGUUUAUGCAAACCUGUGGCGUAAGCUAUACUGGAUCAUGGAUGUAUGGAUGUACUAGUUUGCUUUAUUUGGGGACGUAGAUGCAUGCUUUCCUUGCUUAUACGAGGAAAUAGACAUUUUUCUUUUAAAGUUGAGUGCUUCUAUUUUUCUUCUGCAUGGCAUGA